ACCUUUUUCCUUUUUGUUGUAUAAAUUGAUAGUCAUUAACUCAUAAACUCUCUCUGCCCUUAUACUUUGAAAAAUAGUGAUAGAGUUGCAAGAAGAAGGGUAUCGAUUUCAUCCUACCGAUUCAGCGUUACUCGCAUUCCUUCUCAAGUUUAUUGCACAAAACGAUUUGUGUGACAAUGAUUUUAUUACGGAGCGUGAUGUUUACAAAUAAGAACCUUGGGUAACAUAUGGCUAUGGCCGCCACUGUGGAGGACAAGAUGACGGGGAUACUAGUAUUUUCCGAUAUUUUAUUUCGCCAAGGCAUAAGAACGAGGAAGUAAACGUCAAAUUUUGCAGGUCUGUGGGUAAAAACUUGGGACUUGGAAGCAACAAGAUAAGGGAAAAGAGGUGAUGAGUAAACAGAACAACGCUGUGAUUAUCGGAUACAAGAAGAGUCUCUUUUAUGACAUUAAGAUGUGUUCUACUGAUGGUGUCAAGUGGCUCAUGAAGGAAUACGCGUUUGUGAAGCUAUUCUUAGAAAGUUCAGAAACUCAAAGUUUAGAAAUUAUGUUAUUUGUGCUAUAAAAAGUGAUUUCAGGGAUAAAUUCUGUUGAGCCAUAAAUGGAUCAGGAAUAUAAGGCGAUCACUCCUAUCAAUAUUGUUAAACCAAUGGUGAAAAUUCAAGAGGGUUCAUCAGGUGAAGAGAAUGGUGUGUUGGGGCUAACUACUACUUCUCAAAUUGAAGCAAUACUAGAAUCUAAUCAACAUCAGGUGCAGACUCAGGAGGUUGCUGGUGAAGAGAAUGGACUGUUGAGGCUAACUGCGCCUUUUUCUCAAGUUCAAGAAUUUGUGAGGCCAGAAAAUAACGUGACUGAAAUAUUCGAUACGGGUGACAUAUUGUUGGACAAGAACCAGACAAAAUAUCAACCAACACCCCAAGAAGAAACUGAAACACUUUGUGAAACAGAAGAAUCCAGCUUGGUUGUUGACCUUGCGGAAGCCUUGUUAGAUCAUGCGCCUAUAAAGGAUAGAUUGGAUACAAUUAGGGCGAGUAAGAGUACAUUAAUGUUGGACCAACAAUCUUGGCAGUCUAAAGUGCAUCUACAAGAUAUGCUGCUCUGAAGAAUUGGUACUACCUGGACAGUUUCAGCUAAUUUUGGGGACAUUACUAACUAGCUAAUUUCAGUUUCUGAAACAAUAUCAGGAGUUUUGAGCCUCUUCUUAAUCUUUUAGUUUGAUGUUUCUAAUAGUUUAUGUAAAUUCUAUUUGUCCAAAUCUUGUGUUCAAUUUCUAACUUUGACAAAGAAACUGUUAUUAUAAGCUU